AUGCAGAUCCGGCAUGGGCGUCUGGACCCCCUCGAGCCGGCCGACGAGUCGGCGCUGCGGGAGGCGCUCGCUGCGGCGGCGGCCAUACCCAUGAAGAAGCGCUCGAAGGUCACGCUGCGCCUCGUCGGCCGCCAGGCUGCGGCUAUCAAACCUGCGGCCGGAUGCGGGCCCAGCGGCUGGCGGAACAGUUACAUUUUGUGCGCCUACUCCGACCCAGACGGGCCGCGCGCCCUCGCUGAAUGGAGCUCUCGGUGGGCACGUGGCGCCAUCAGCCCGUGGCUCGCGAGCCUCUGGUCUGGAGCGCUCGCCCUGCCGUUCUUCAAGACGGCGCUGUGCGAGAGCGUCCGCACCAUCCUGCAAGGCGAGGCCUUGCUCAAGUUUGCCAUGGGGACGUGCCUGCUGGGGGCUGGCAUGCAGGUCGCCGACGCGGUCGGGGAGCGCCGGCACGGGGCUGGUCGCUGCGCCGGCGCGCAGCUGGAGGUCGCGGAGGCAGGGCAGCAGGGCGGGCAUUUCCGCAACAUGAGCUCGUCGGCCUCGACAUCAAGACCGCUUUCGGCCACGUGCGCUGAGCCGAUGCCCUCAGAGCAGCCGUUGUCAAGGCGGCCUGAGAUUCGCCGCUGGUUGUGCGUCGACGACUGGCUGCUCCAAGUGCCGCUGGCGAUCGCGGCGCAGCUUCUCGCCGCUGUGGAGGCGGCUUCGGCGGCCCGCGACCUCGCGCUGCAGCUUGCGAAAUGCGCGUUCCACGUGCCCGCGCUGGCCGGCACCCCGCUGCAGGCACCCCCAGGAGACGCGCGGGCCCUCGCGGCGCGCGUUCCCUACCGCCCCGACGGGUUGAGCCUGCUCGGCGCGGAGGCGCGCGGCGACCAGCGCCUGAACUGGGCGAUCCGCCUCGCCGACAACGCGCUUGAGAUGAUGCGGUUAGCGCCUCCAGCUUGUGACGAGCAGGCCGCCUUCGCCUUGCGCCGUGGCAUCGUCGCCCAUGCGCUCGACUAUGAUGCGGGGGUCGCACUGUGCAGCGCGAUGCUGCCCCGCGCCCGCGUCCUGGACCAGUGCGUCGCGGGCGCCGUCGCGGCGUCGAUCGACGCGCGCCCAGAGCAGCUCGCCGAGGUGGAGCUCCAGCAUAUUGGUCUCCAAGUUUGGUUUGAUGGCCUCCAUGUGGACAUGCCCUCGCGGAUCGCCCCGCUGGCCCGGGCGACGCGGCUCGUCGAGCAUGGCCCCGCACUCCGCGCAGAGGUCGCGUCCUGGGCCGGCGCUGGCGGCGAGGCGGCUGCGGUCGCCCGCGAGGUCAAGAAGUGCGACGGCGUCGACGAUGCCGUUUCGGACGGCAUCCUGGACGUGCCGCUGGAUCGCGGCGUCGCCGCCUUGGCCGGGCGCGGCCGCCUUGCUUCGGAUCCAGCAGAGCGCGCGAGUGACCCGCUCUGCACAGAGCUGUAUUUCGACCUGAAGCGCAUGUCGUCGCGGCCGUUCGGCCUCACGCCGCGGGCCAGGCUGGCGCUGGAGCCCCCCGAGCUCCACGACUGGGGCCGGCGCUGCGGCGAGCUGGUGCUGCGGCGCCAGGCCCUCCGGGCCGCCGAGCGCCUGGGCUUGGCCUGCGCCGCGGAGCGGGCCCGGCGGGCGAUCGAGCCGGAGGCGCUCCAGCUGGCCGUGCUGCAGUGCCCAGGCAAAACCAGCGAGGCGGCGCGCCUCACCGAGCUCUGCGGCGUGCGGUGUAGCGCUGACGUCGAGGAGGAGCUCCGGAGGCUGACGGGGGAGAGGCAGCAGAAGCGCGCCGCCUGGUGGCGGCAUCUACGGGGCCUCCUCUCGGAGCUGUAGCACUGCCCGCCGCCAGGCUGCGGCACAGCACUUGCGAUCUGUGAGAUCGUGGCCUGAAUGCAGUCCCUGCCGACGAAGCCGGCAGCUGCGUGGCAGAGUAGUUUGAUCUUGUGGAGAGGCAUGUCCUCUCCUCGGGGAUCCGCGUGCCACCCACCUGUCUAGUAGGUGGCAGUAUCGGUAUCCACCCUCCCUCUCCCAUCUCCUCCUGCCUCCACUUCCCCUUUCACCUUCUCCUUUGUCCUAUGAUUCCCCUUCUUCCC